CGGUCACGGCGUCCCGGUGAGCGACGUUCAUGUGAACACGUUCGAUCUGUUUCCCCUGCACCGCCGCCGUCGUCGCGGUACACCACGCGCGUUCUCUGCUCCCGUACGGAACACCGCCGAAACGUUUGCGCGUGCUAUACCACAUCGCUCCUGCCGUUGCGUAGACCCGUAGGCGGCGUUUCUAUCGCUCGCGAGUGCAUCUCCCUUACCGGCCGUCGUCCGUCGCGCGACGAUACCACGAACUAGACAUUUUUACUCUCCCUGUCAUACUCUCUCACCAUCUCUUUCACACGCACACGCACACACACACACACACACACACACAUACAUACUGCGCUAUGUUCCGACCCUUCCGCUUCGGCCCUACGCGAGGGUCGUUUUAUUAAAUUCCCAAUCAUAAUAUAUCGACGCGAUUAUACACGCGACGACCCUUAAUCGCGUACUUAAAAAAUACGCUCCCCUUUUCAAAUCUCGAAACACUAUCGGCCGUUACACAUUCAACUGUCGUCGCGGAUACAAAUUGUAGAAUCCGCCGACGCGUGCGAUCGCUACCGCAGCGUCACAGUGCCGGUCGGCUAAGUUCUCGAAAGCCGACGACGGAGGGCGAACGACGAGUAAAGAAAAUGUUCGUAAACGCGUUGGCUGUCAUUGAGCAACGAAGAAGUUACUCUUUUAAAGGCCCCGGAAGCCAGGCAAAAGUUGCUGUCGUCACAAAACCAUCGUCGGCUCUGACGCUCCGUUCUAUGCUUUGGCAAUGAUGCAUUUGAAGGCCGCUCGUUAUUAAACAUGGUUUGGAAAUUGAAUUAUUUUGGCGAUAACGGUGAUAGCGUUGGUGGUGACGAAGAAGACACGGGUGGUGGACACGGAUGCACCAAAACAAUUAAGUGUCGGCGACGUAGACAUCCGCAUUCAGCUACCUCGGCAAAUGUGGCAGCUUCGGCCAGAUGGAUGAUCAUCACAAUGUUCAUUUUCUUCUUGAUAUCCGGCACGGCUGCCGUGUUAUCAAACUCGACGUUCAAAGGCGAACAGCAGAGCGACGUAAACGCACGAAUCGGACAAUCGGCAUUUUUACCCUGCGAACUGGAACCGAACAACGUGACCAUAGGGUUCGAGAUCACGACCCAGUGCGGAAUAGUGCACUCGGUGAAGUGGUACCGGGGAGCCAGCAGGAUAUUCCUGUACUCCGGCGGCCCUCGGACGACGCAGCCGCACAGAGAAGGUUACACCGACAGAUACGACAGAGCAUAUUGGAGCACGGAACCAAAUUCGACGUUGGGUUAUUUGGUAAUGGAUAAUGUAACAGCCCUCGACGAGGCUGUAUAUAAAUGUGAAAUUACAUAUACCAAAGUGCACGAAGGUUGCAAUAUCGUUCAGUUCAUCAAUCUUACGACUUACACUGAUCCUGAAUCUAUAAGCGUUGGCACGUUGGCUGAACCCGGCGAUCCUUCAGCACGUAAUUACAUCGAUCCUUCGUCAGAUUUUUUUGACGAAAAACAUAGCAAUCCUAAAUUUGGUAUCAUGAAAAAGUUAACAUCUGGUGCGAUUGUGGGUCCGGUAGACGAAGGAAAUAAGAUACGAUUGGUAUGUCGUGCUGGCCGUGCCAGACCAGUGCCUCAAGUAACAUGGUGGCAACACGGCCGUGGUCCAAUUUAUGAUGAUGAUUUUGUUGAUUAUCAGUAUCGCAAAGCAGAUUCUGAUAUAUCCGACGACUAUUUUUCGAGUUCAGGACUAUGGGUUGCCCAAAGCAUUCUCACCGUUGUAGGGAAAAGGGGUGCCAACGGUAGAUAUGAAUGCCGAGUGAAAACUGCAACUGAUACAUCACCAAUUCUGACGUCUAGUAUCGAAGUCACUGUCAAUGUAAGUCCAUACUCGAUUGAAAUGUCCACAUCAUCAUCGGGAUCAACAGUAACUACGGUUUCUAAAGUAGACGACUAUCAAAAAUCGCAAAAUAGUGAUCUUAAUAGAAAUCCUGACGAAGUUGUUUACGCAGAAACUACGGAAGGGCAACCGUUAGUAAUUCGGUGUGCGGCUCGCGGGGCACGGCCUCAAGCCAACGUGACGUGGUAUUAUUAUUAUAAAGAUCAAGAAAAUGACGAUGACGACUAUGGUGGUGGUAUUAGAAAUGAUUUAAAUGUGCGUACACCACCCGUGCUACCGUCGAAAUCAUCAAAACACGGUGCACCAGUUAUGUUAGGAAACAGUCAGCAAAACGGCGGUUCCACCGCUAGAUCACCCAGCGAUUAUUUGAUCUCGGAACAGCGUCGUAUGGAAGGUGGAGCAGAAAUUAUAGGCCCUGUGGAAAUAGCACAGCAUACUGAAUAUCAAGCUGAUGGUACUCGAGAUACACAUAGUCAGUUAUCAAUGUCUCAACUCCAUCGUCAACAAGACGGUUCUAUUCUGCGAUGUGACGCGUUCAAUAAUGUCGGUUCAUCACCGUCUCAACCUCUUACUGUAAAUAUGACGAUUCGGGUCAAAUAUAUGCCGACCGCCUGGGUAGUACCCAUAACUGAUGGAGAAAAUUCUGGUGCUAUUGUCGAAGACGAAAUAGGUCAACAACGUAAAGGAGGAAUUGACAAUAAAAAUAAUGUCAACCCCAGUAUUAAUGAUCCUUCUAAAUCUACUAAUGAUGGAUUCCACUAUCAAACGAAUUUGUAUACCGUGGUAGUAAACGAAACAAAGGAAUUGAGACUGCAAUGUGCAUAUCAUGCCAAUCCAGAUAAACUCCGUACUCCUGUUAAAUGGUACCGCGAUGGCAUAGAAUUACAAUUAAUCGACGAGGAAGAAACAUCAAUGUCAAAUUAUUAUGCGGCUGUGACACCAGCUACCGGCGUUGGUACAAUAGGAGGAUCAUCAAAUAAUGGAAAUUCUAGAUUUCGUAUGAACACCCUAGGGAAUUCGGCAAAAUUCGCCAGAGUCAGAGCGUCACCUAAUAGCAACGGUGGAGCUUACGGCGACGGUAAUGGUGCAGAUGCAACGGUGUUAAUAGUGAGAAGGUUAACGCGUUUUGACUCGGGCCGAUAUGAAUGCCGAGUAAGAAACUCAGUCGGAGCUACAAAUUCAACAAAUUUUGCCAACGUUCGUGUUCAAUAUACUCCAAAGGUCAAGUUGCACGUUAUCUUAGACGAUUCACUUGACGGAAAUCAAACUUCUCCGACAGCGAGCAGUAGUGGUAAUAAUGUGGCUGGAUCCAACCCAAUCGUACUGGAAUCGGAACACCGUAACGUUACUCUUCGGUGUGCCGUAAAGUUAGAAUCGGACCAACAAAACAUUGAAGACACUAACAGUGAUCCAUCUUUGAAUUUAACAUCUGUCCAUUGGUAUUGGAACGGCGUGCAAAUGCAGUUGCCCAACUGUACGAAAUCGCCAGAUUCGAACGAUUUCAGUGACGACGUAUUUGAGGACGAAGAUGAAGGAGACAGCGAUUUCGACACUCUACCAGAAAACGAAAAUAACGGCAUGAAUAUCAACUAUUAUACGAGUGAAUCACACGCGGACGGAGAUUAUGACUCGAUAGCUGUUGAUAAUGACACCAGGAGGCGUAAUAAAAAACAAAGAAAAGUUGUAUGCACCGACAGAGAACUUAUUUUAGUAAACGUAACGAAAAACAUACAUGGGAAUUAUUCAUGCCGAGCCCGAAACGCCGCUGGUCUUCUAACUCCAAUGUCGGAUCAAACACCUCUUAUCGUAUACUUUGCUCCUGGACCAGUAACGUUGGAAUAUAGUCCACGACGGGUCAUAAAAGGAAGAAAUGUCACUUUACGCUGCAAUGCACAAUAUCUUGGUCGGCCGCAACAUCCUACCCGUUACUCAUGGUUUCGCGAUGGACAUCAAAUCUAUCAUCAAAACCAAGGACUAUUAAAUCCUAGUAUUAAUUCUGGAACCGGAAUUAAUACUGGUACUAAUGGAAAUAAUGGCGGAGGGAAUUUCAAUCCUGAAUGGUUUGUGGAUCACGUUUCAUUAGAAACUCGUGCUAAUUUCACAUGUUCAGCUUACAAUGAAGGCGGUACCACUUAUUCUGAAUCAGUAUACAUCGAGGUUUAUGCUCCACCGAAUUAUAUCACUGGUCCUCCGCAAUACUUAGGUGUUGCUUAUAACGCAACACAUGUGAAUGCAUCUUGUACUGUAGAAUGUUAUCCUCUUUGUUCUGUAAAUUGGUUUCGUCGAGGUAUCCCAAUUGAUCCGAUUCAUAAUCCGGAAGAUAAAGAAAGAUACUCCAUUUUAACGGAAACUUUACCAGCAGAAAGAUUGAAAAAUGAUUUUGAAGCAGUUCGUAGUACUUUAAUAUGGCGUAUGGAUAAUUGGCCCGGUGGUCGAGGUUUAGAUCCUAUUACAGAUUCGACGGAAUAUAGUUGCCGCAGUAGUGGCAAUGACGUUGGCCCACCCGUAUCCGAAUCAAUAAUGAAUUUUUCUGUUGAAUACCCGCCUGGAAACAUGACGGUCUCUAAAACGGUUGUGCACGUCAGUGAAGGUAACAUACCGGAAAAGGUAUUUUGUCACGCAGAAGGUCGCCCUCAACCGACAUUCGAAUGGCGCUACACUGCGAGUACUAACAGCUGGAUUGCUCCUGGAAAUUCUUCUCAAUCGUCUUCGCAGCAAAGACUUUUGCCCAUAGGAAUCAGUGGAAAUGGUGGCGUUAGUGGCAGCAUUGGAAGCAGCCCUAUAGGCGGUCAAAUAAACAACCAACAAUUAGUAUUGAACUCGGCUGUGAACAGGCAACAUGCAGGUUUUUAUGCUUGCAUUGCACGCAACACUCAUGGAAAUGGCACUGUGUACACUUAUCUGGAUGUGAUGUACAAACCUAGUUGUCAACUUAGAAUGUUGACUGUGGACCAACUGAAACAAGAAACAGCUAGUAUAACUGAUCAAUUUUCGGAAUCUACUGGGGAAUUGGACGAGUUUUUAUCUUCAUCGGCUGGUGAAAAGAGAAUACUAGUAUGCACAGCAACUGCGAACCCGGGUCAAGUACAAUACACGUGGACUAUAAGAAACUCGGCUCGCUCAAACGAUACGUCAGCCUCGACAUCUGACUCUCCCGCUACGGAAAGGAUCAUAACCGUAGCGAUUGGAUCAACGGCUAAUAGUGGACCAAUGGAAUCGGAUGGAAAUGGAGGUUUUAACCGAAGCAUACUUAUCCUGCAAGAUAGACUAGAAGUGAGCAGCAGUGAAGAUGAUGAUGGAAGAGGUAAUGAUAACGCACCCAACAACGGAGCAGCAGAAGGCGUCAGAACAUAUGUGUGUACCGUCAACAACACCGUAGGCUCGGACCAGUGUAGCAUUCAAGUACAAGGUGACGCUCCGUGGUGGAAACAGUUAUUGGCGACCGUAGGUUUGGGUGGAUUGCCAGUGAUGGUCGUCUUGGUGGGUCUGGUCGUGAUUUUACUACUGAUCGUCAUCAUCGUCAUUAUUAUUUUAAUGCUGUUCGUCUGUAAGAACCGUUACUUCAAACCAGGCAACGGUACAGGAGGACGACAAAAAUAUGUUAAACAAAAAUAUCCUACACUGACGGCGUAUAGGGUACCAAUCGUUUGGCGCCGGCACCGAGGCCGUAGCUUGCUAUUAAACAUAUCGAAAGUGCGACAAAAUCCUGAAGGCAGUGCUACGUCAUCAAUUUCCGGAGCCAAUCCAGCAACCGUACUGUGUACUGAUCAAUCAUCAAGUAUACCCACCCCGAAACCACCACCCGGAUACGGCGAUGAUUUCAAUAGCAGUCUGGCUGAAUCACUGUCUAAUCAACAAAAUACUUCUGUCUCCUCAGGCGUCAUAGGUAAAUGGCCACUCAAACCUGGCGUAUUGGUGCAUUCAAAACAACAACUUCUUAAGCUACAGUCGUCUAAUAAUUCUCAAUCGGACAACAACAUGGCCGAAAAUGGUAGUAGCCCAAUGGAAAAAAUAGUUCCUAAUGAAAACGAUAAGUUCAAAUCGAAAAAAAUUAACAACACAUGUAAAAUAAAAUCGGCAGCCGAAUGUAUAGUAUUAAACAACGAAACACAAUCUGCACGCACGGCACGUAUACGUCGUAUGAUGAUUGGAUCUAAUAAUAACUUACAGAAGAAACCGUCACCUAUGUCACCUCCUCCUGCGCCUCCUCUUCGAGCAAACAAAGAUAACAGCACGUCAAAUAAUAUCGAUGAGAAAUAUCCUUCUGUAACAGAUUCACGAAGUGGAGGUGGACAACAGCAAGACAACGAUUCGAACUUAGGAGCAACGGGUGAUUCAAAAGCCGCGUUCUACGAAAAUCUACCUUUCCAUGGUAUGCGACCACCGCCCAAUCAGUCACCUACGCAUCGACAAGUGUAUAGCAAUGAUAGUACCUGUAAACCACAUCUUCCACUGCCACAUUCCACGGUGCUGAAUACGUCAUCACCAUUGUCGGCAUCGUCGUCGUUGAUCCAUCGGUCCCCGAACGGCGGAUACGUGUCAUUAUUACGCCAGGCCAUUUCAACGUUGAAUAACGCGGAAGGCGACAGUUCGACCGUUCGAUUUAAUUCGCUGCAGAGGCCGAACCGCGGACCGAUAUCCACGUCACAGCGCCGCGACCACCAAUUCCGAUCCAUGCGGAGCAUUAGCAGCAACAACAGCAUCAAACGGAUCGUCGAUCGUUCGCGAUCCGUCGUCGCGGAUCAAGACAAGAAUAAAAAUGAGAAGUACAUUCAUAGCAGGUGGUCGAACGGCAAAGCGACAGCAGCGGAAUGCGAUAAAAACGAGCACAAACGUAACGACGACGACGACGACGACGACGACGAAAGCAAACGACGAGAUGCGAACGGAUCGUUGACGUCCACGAAAAUGUUUCCUAAACCGGCGCCCAGGACAAGGGUGCCUUCGGCUUCAGCGGCACCACCGUCUUUAGCCAGCCACGGCACCUACGAGAACCUGCAGCAACUGUUAACCGGUGACGGUGUCAACAAGCUAACUGGAGUCGGGAUCGGAGCUCGGAGUUUGGACGAGUUUUACCGCAUGCAAAUACAACAACAACACCAACUGUUGUACCACCGGGUGACGGCCGACGACGCGGCGGCGGUGCUGACCAGCGGAUACUCGUCAGUGGGCGGCGGUGGCGGUGGACUGCAUCAUCGCAAUCAUCAGCAACAUCAACUGCAACAGCAGCAGCAGCAGCAGCAACAGCAGCAACCGCAGUCCAUCGAAAUGACUCAGUUCGAGAUCACUCCCGGCAGGACGACCGUUGGGGGAAUGGGAAGAGGGCCAGCAGCAGUAAGCGAAUCGUAUCAAAAGUCACAAAAGCCGCACGUGCCGACCAUUGUUAGCCGUUACAACAGCAACAGCAUCGCGCAGGCUCUGGACGACGACGACGGCGGCGGCGGCGGCGUCAUGAGGUCGACGACCAUGGGCAGACGCCGUCGCGGCGGUCAGCAAGUGGUCGACGGCAACGGCGCGCCGACCGCGGCCGACAACUACUACAUCAGUAACAACGACAAGAACAGCAACGGCGUCGGCGGUCAUCAGUACGGCACCAGGAGACGUGGCAAUGCGACCACCACCGCCGGUGACGGUCCGUCCGCACCGACCAACAGCAACGGCUACGGUACCGCGUCAGGCGGCGGCGGCGGCACGGUGGGCUACUACGCGGGCGACGUGUACGCCAGUAUGGAAUCGCGUCAACACCAAGCGAAGCGCCAACAGCAGCAGCAGCAGCAACAACGGUCGUACGUCACUGCCGGGAGCGCCGCCGGCAACGUUCCCGACGAGCAGGCGCUGACGGCCAAACGGUCAUGGCGUCGGCAACACAACCGCCGGCGCCGGGCCGGUGCGAUCGCGACGGACCCCGUCGAGUGCGACAUGGAACCGGAACCGGUGUCCGACUACGCGGUCGACGCCGUCGGUCCGGCCGCGGACGAUCCGGUGCCGGACCGGUACCGGAGUGUCGGGCCGGGCUCGGUCAACGGCACCGCGGGCACCGACACCGCCGCCGUGGUCGCGGACCACCACCACCGGGCGCGGCAGAAAAACGACCUGGCGCGCGUACCGUCCGCAGCGGUCGCGUCGGCCGCCGAACAUCAACAAAUCGGCAGCGGCGACGGCGGCGGAGGAGGAGGAGGAGGAGGAGGAGGAGGCGGUAGCAACAACGGUAACGGCGGCGCCAACAAGAACCUGGUCAAGUUCCACGACGUGGGCCGCGAAAUAGACCCAUACAAACCGCCGGCGGCUAGCGGUUACGCGGAAGGCGGCGGCGACAUGGAAUACGCGGACGUGGACUACCGCACGAUGUACUACGGCCCGAUCAACUACAAACAGUCGUCUUGA